UAUUAAUAUAUCUUUCCUUCACCGACCCAUUAAAAUUUUUACUGUCACGAACGACGCCAUACAGCAACCCAACGGGUGGACAUGAUUGGAUCUAGCGUUGCCCAUGUGUGGUUGGCAAACAAACUUGCCGGCUGUCUUCUGCAAGUACCCUACUCGAACCCUUCCUCUUCUUUUUAAAUCCUCUUCUUAAAUAGGUCAAACACUCUAAAGAGCCCUCGAGUGUCACAUUACAGAAAAAAAAAAAAGGCACUUGCAAUUUUUUUGCAUUUUGCAUUUUCCACCACAUCUUUCAAAUCCGCUUUUUUAAUCCAAUUUUCAAACAUUCAUCCCUUAUUUCCCACGUUGUACCGUCAACUUCAACACCCACAAUUACGGCACCAUGGAGGUAGACGAUCCCUUAGAUAUAUCUAAUGGCACCUGUUAUUAUGCCGUCAACACGGAAGCUAAGAAGGACUAUAUCCCUUGCGGCAAUGUCGACGUCGGCUUGGACUGGCACUGCUGCGUUGCUGGCGAUAUCUGUCUAGAGGACAGUGCAUGCUGGCGGGCUGCACCGACCAAAAAUACAGUGCGCCCAAUUGCCCGUACAAGGGGAAGUACGGCAGCCAGCAGUGGACGGGACUACAGCGCUGCGAUGACAAUCCCGAUAUUGAAGAUGGCGACGAUAUAUGGGCAGCGUGCAAAGAAACCGGAGACGUGCCAGGUUCGAAGCCGCCUGCUCGCUGCAAAUGCUCCAGCGACACCCAAGUCAUCUCUGACAAGCCGAAGCUCGACAACGUCGCGCUACUUCCAACAAGUCUGGGCGGAACUCUAUCCUGGUACGGUGGCAAGAAGCCAUCUGUAGAUCCAACUCUGGUGACCACUACAAUAACGGUGCCCUCGACCGAGACAUCAUCACUAGCAUCCUCAACAUCGUCCGCAGGAUCACCCACCACAUCGUCCUCAGACUCGCCAAGCACCCCCACGCCAGUAGACUUAGGACCAGGCGACAGCAGCCCCGUCACGCCUCCCACAAACAUACCCAACGCAUCCACAAACACCGGCACAGGCCCAACCCUCUCCACAGCAGCACAAGCCGGCAUCGGCGUCGGCGCAGGCGUCGGGGCCCUACUAAUCGGGUGUCUCAUAUAUCUAGCGCUCCUCCUACGCAAGCGCCGCAAAGCGAAGACUCACGGCUCCAGCCUCGACUCCGCAUCCACGGCGCGGCAGGAUCUCCCCAGCGCCAACAACCCACCGAGCUCCCUCGCACCACCACCGCCGCCGUUCGGCCAGACGUACCCCAGCUUCCAGUCGGAGCUCGCGGCCGACGAGCCCAAGAGCGCAGUCACUACUACUACUACCGCCACGGCGCCUGUCCCGUACUCCCCCUCCGCAGCCUCGAUCCCGUUCUCGCCCACCGCGGCCUCCUUCUCCUCCUCCCAGCAGCAGCAGCAGCAGCAGCAGCAGAAGCGGUAUACAGCGUACAACCCAGCGCUACACGGUAACUACGCCGAGAAGAGCGAGGCGGCGGCGGGCCAGAUGCCCGUUUCGCCAAUGAGUCCGGAGCCGCAGAGGAGUCCUGCGACGGAAGAAGUGCCUGGGGUGCAUGUCCAUGAGUUGGAGGGUUAAGGGGGUGAAUGUGAUAAGGGAGGGGAUAGGAAGGGAAAAACUAGGUACCGAAGGCGUUAUUAUCUGGAGUUAGGGGUUACGUGAUACUAAAAAAAAUUCUCGAUUGGCUCCGUUUCAGACUGCGUUUACUGCGUCAGCUUGGUAUUGAAGCCGUGGACCUUACUUAGGACAGACGGUGUAGUUGUCGUUGUCGUUGGAGGGUGCGUGAUGAAAAUGAU